AAUCAUCAUCAAUCAUCAACAACAAUUAUGUCAAAUUAAGGAUACUCAAUAAAUCAGUGUUCCAAAAAAAGGAUAUAUAAAUUAGCAUAUUAAAAAAAUUUAAAUAAAAUACCAAAAAAAAAAAAAAUGAAAAGGAUUAAGUGGUCAGCGAGAAAUCUCGCUUCGAGUGCGCUUUUAGUGUUUUUAUUCAUUUACAAUGCUCCUUCAUCAGAUGCUGCUGUCCACGAAGAAACAACUUUUAUGCCAGCUUUGGAAUGCUAUGAUCCAUAUCGACGACCUCAGAAAUGUAUGCCCGAAUUCGUAAAUGCUGCAUAUCAGUUGCAAUUCCAAGCGACAAAUACCUGCGGUGAAACAGACAAUAAUCUGUUCUGCAUUCAAACAAUCUACUCCAACAAAAAGAGUUGCGAGUUUUGCAGAGCAGGAGACCAUGACCCCUCGUACCUGACGGACCUGCACGAUCCACAAAAUCCAACAUGGUGGCAGUCGGAGACAAUGCGACAGGGUAUUCAAUAUCCCAACCAUGUUAAUCUGACUCUUCAUCUAGGCAAAGCAUUCGAUAUCACUUAUGUUCGUUUGCUGUUCCGCUCACCAAGGCCAGAAUCAUUUGCCAUCUACAAGAGAAGUUCCGAAGAUGGACCCUGGGUUCCAUACCAGUACUACAGUGCGACUUGUCGUGACACUUAUGGACUCCCAGACUCACGCUCGAUUGCAACUGGAGACAUCGAAGCACGUGCUUGGUGCACAAGCGACUACAGUGACAUCUCACCGCUGAGGGAUGGUGAAAUUGCUUUCUCUACCCUUGAAGGCCGUCCCAGUGGUAUUUAUUUUGAAAGGAGUUCAGAAAUUCAGCAAUGGGUAACCGCAACUGACUUGAGAAUCACUUUGGAUCGUCUAAACACCUUUGGUGACGAAGUGUUUGGCGACGCACAAGUCUUGCAAUCGUACUUCUAUGCCAUUUCUGAUAUUGCUGUCGGUGCACGUUGCAAGUGCAAUGGUCAUGCUAGCAAAUGCGUCCCUAGCACCGGUUUGCACGGCGAACACAAGUUGGUGUGCGAAUGUCGCCACAAUACCGAUGGACCAGACUGUGACAAGUGUCUGCCAUUGUACAAUGACGUUAAAUGGAAGAUGGCCACCUCGCAAGAUGUCAACGAGUGCAAGGCUUGUAACUGCAACAAUUACUCUGAUAAAUGCUUCUUUGACGAACACCUUUACAACACCACCGGCCAUGGUGGUCAUUGUUUGGAUUGUCGUGAAAACCGUGACGGGGCAAAUUGUGAACGUUGUAAGGAGAAUUUCUACAUGCGAGAAGAUGGCUAUUGUAUUCAUUGCCAGUGUAAUUCUGUUGGAUCCCGAUCCCUCCAAUGUAACAGUGAAGGUAAAUGUCAGUGCAAACCUGGAGUAACCGGUGAUAAAUGUGAUCGUUGUGACAACAAUUACUACCAAUUCGGUCCACAUGGUUGCCAACCCUGUGGUUGUGAUCCAAGAGGUUCAUUCAGGGACGUACCCUCCUGCGAUGCUGAAAACGGUAUCUGCCGCUGCAAAGAGAACGUUGAAGGCAAACGUUGUAACGAAUGUAAACCUGGCUUCUUUAAUCUUGACAUUACCAACCGAUUUGGUUGUACCCCUUGCUUCUGUUACGGUCACACUUCAGAGUGUCAAAGUGCCCCAGGUUAUUCAGUCGUCUCAGUAGCUUCAAAAUUCAACAAACACAAAGAACACUGGACAGCAGUUGAUAUCUACAACCGUCCAGCCGACAUCAAAUACAACCAAUACAGUCAAAGUGUUGGAACAACAGCUCAAGGCAAUGAAUUUAUUUACUUUAUGGCUCCCGAACGGUUUUUGGGUGAUCAAAGAGCUUCAUACAAUCGCAUGUUAAGUUUUAAGUUGCAAUUGGUUGGACAAGUUGGUCCAAGCACAAGUGCCAGUGAUAUAGUUCUGGAAGGUGCCGGAACCAAGAUUUCGCUACCAAUAUUUGCCCAAAAUAACGGUAUGCCAGAUCAAACUGCCAAAGCUUACUCAUUCCAAUUAAACGAACACACCGAUUAUCAAUGGCAACCGAGUCAAUCAGCUCGAGGAUUCUUAUCGAUUUUGAGCAAUCUCACAGCGAUUAAAAUCCGUGCCACUUAUUCAGUCCAAGGUGAGGCCAUUUUGGAUGAUGUUGAAUUACAGAGCGCCCAUCGUGGUGCUGCUGGACAACCAGCGACCUGGAUUGAACAGUGUACAUGUCCGGAGGGUUAUUUGGGACAGUUCUGUGAGUCUUGUGCUCCUGGUUACCGACACAGCCCUGCUAAAGGAGGACCAUUCAUGCCUUGUAUUCCAUGUGACUGCAACAAACACGCUGAAAUCUGUGAUUCCGAGACUGGUCGGUGUAUCUGUCAGCACAAUACCGCUGGCGACACUUGUGACCAGUGUGCUAAGGGCUAUUAUGGAAAUGCUCUCGAAGGAACCCAAUACGAUUGCAAACGUUGUCCUUGUCCCGAUGAUGGUGCUUGUAUUCAAAUCAAUGGUGACACAGUAAUUUGUAUCGAGUGUCCCGUUGGAUACUUUGGAGCCCGCUGUGAACAGUGUUCAGAUGGAUUCUUCGGUGAUCCCACCGGUCUUCUGGGAGAAGUUCAAGUUUGCAAAGCUUGUGACUGCAAUGGCAAUGUCGAUCCAAAUGCUGUUGGAAAUUGUGACCGUACAACUGGAGAGUGUCUAAAGUGUACCCACAACACAGCUGGCAAGCACUGUGACGAGUGUCUUCCGGGACACUUUGGAGACCCUUUGGCUCUUCCCCAUGGACAGUGUGACAGAUGUUCUUGCUAUCCACGUGGAACUGAACAAAACGACAAAGGUAUUUCCCAGUGUGACCAAGUCACUGGAAACUGUCACUGCAAACCGAAUGUUAUCGGGCGUGACUGUAACGAAUGUCAACCCGGAUUCUUUAAUAUCGUCUCAGGAAACGGUUGCGAGAGCUGCAGUUGUGAUCCGAUUGGAAGUUACAACUCGACAUGUGACAAGUUUACUGGAAACUGUUACUGCAAACCCGGUGUUGUGGGGCAACAUUGUGACCAAUGUGACUUGUAUUACUAUGGAUUCUCCAGUGAGGGCUGUAAGUCAUGUGAAUGUGAUGAAAGUGGUUCAAAGGGAUUCCAAUGUGAUCAAAAUGGACAGUGUCCUUGUAAUGACAAUGUCGAAGGACGUCGCUGUGAUCGAUGCAAAGAGAACAAGUUUGAUCGUCAUAAGGGCUGUGUAGACUGUCCGGCUUGCUAUAACCUUGUUCAAGAUGCUGCCAACGAUCACCGAGCUAAGUUACGAAAUCUGAGUCAGACACUUGAUGACAUUGCCAGGACUCCAGUGACCAAUGACGAUGAGUUCGAGUCAAAGUUACAAGUUGUCCAAGAAAAGGUUGACAUAUUGCUAGCUGAUGCCAAGUCUGCAGCUGGAGAAGGAGACAAGACCUUGUUGGAACGAUUGAAUGAUUUACACGAUCGUUUGGAUACAGUUCGAGAUCAUCUCGAAUCAGCUGACAGCUUGCAAAGUAAUGCCAAUACUGAGAUUGAAAAAGCUCAACAGAAUUAUACGAUUGCACAUAAUAUCAUCGAAGAUGCUAAGAAUGAACUUCAGACCGCGUUGAACUUGUUGACUGAUGAAGGUCAAGUAGCCUUGGGAAGAGCCAAGAACAAGUCGGUAGAAUUUGGAGAACAAUCUCAGCAGAUUAGUGGAAUUUCCAGGGAAGCUCGAGCUUUGGCUGAUAAGUUGGAGUCUCAGGCACAGUUUGAUUUGAAAAAUGCCAAAGAUGCCAAUGAUGCUAUUGCCAAGGCUCAUGAUUUGGCUAAGGCUGCUAUAACAUUGCAACAAAAAGUCACAGAUGAGCUUCGUACUGAGGUUGGUCUAGAAUUGGCUACAGUGAAGACGAAUUUAGGUCAAGUUUCUCAAUAUACCAAGGAUGCCUUGAAAAAGGCUAAUGAAGUUUAUGAUUCAGCUUUGACAUUGUUGACCGAUGUUAAUGGCCUUCAAUCGCCUGAUAUUGAUAUUGCUGAACUUAAGCGGAAGGCAAUGGAAGCUAAUGAAAAGGCAAAUCAGCUGAUAGAACGUGUAAAUGAAGUAUCAAACAGUAAUGGAGAGAUUUUUGCUAAUUUCGAAGAAGAACAAAAUUUGGCAGAAACCCUUUUAGAAAGAGCAACCGUUCAAAAACUUGACGACAUCAGCCUCUUAGAAAGAGCUAAGGCUGCCUUUGGUAAUGCAACUCAUGCCGUUGAACAGGGUGACAAUACCUUGAAGGAAGCUAAUAACACCUAUCACACUCUUGCCCGUUUCCAAACUGAUGUACAAAAGUCUUCAGAGAAAGCUGCCUUGGCACUUAGAACUGUGCCUGGUAUUCAAACAGAAAUUGCAAAUGCUGAAACUUUGAUCAAGCAAGCUGAUGAAGCUUUGACAGGAGCAAAUAAGAAUGCUAAUGAAGCCAAGACUAAUGCACAAGAAGCCCAAGAGAAAUAUGCUGAACAAGCUUCAAAGGACGCUGAAAUAAUUCGUAAAAAGGCAAAUGACACUAAGGUGAACGCUCGAAAGCUACGUGACGAAGCUGAUCAAUUGAACCAUAGGGUAAAAGUGACCGAAACAGACAUUACUAAACUGGAAGAAUUGUCCAGCAAGGACGAUACUCUUGUGGAUGAUGCUAAACGAAAGGUGGGACAAGCUAAGGCUGAUACCUUAGAAGCUCAGAAGAAAAUCAACAAAGCUGUUGGUGACCUCAACUCGAUUAAAGACGAGUUGGAGAAUCUUACAGACAUCAAUACUGACGACUUGGAUGAUUUAGAGAGUCGCCUUGAUGUAGUUGAAAAAGAGCUCAACCGAGCUAAUCUAACCAGCCGAAUUGAAAAAUUCCGUGAAAUGAGAAAUCAACAGAAUAAAUCUGUUGACAAAUACGAAAAAGAGUUGUCACAACUUCAAGCUGAAGUUCUAAAUAUCAAGGCGAUAUCAAAUUCAUUGCCACCCGAUUGUUAUGUACGAAAUAAACUUGAACCAUAAGCAUUAAGUUUAAAUUUAAAAAUAAAAAAACUGUAACGAAAAUAAUUUUUAAAAAAUGUCAUAAUUCCCAAAUAGAGUGUCAUCCGUUGUGCCUUACACAAGUUU